UUCUCGUUGCCUGGAUCUGGACUUAUGUUGCUCGUCUGAAAAAGGUUUAAGUUAUUUAGGAUUUUUCUUGCAGUCCUUCAUGUUUCCGAGUCGCCUUGAACGUGACGCAGAAAUCUAACAUGGUGGAACAUCGUUUAAACUAUCAGCAACAUCGACCAGCAACGUUGGAUUUUACAUUUAUCUCGUCCCAAAUCUCCGUGACCUUCCAGCUGCUUUACAACAUGAUUUUAAGAGGAAAACUUCAGGCGGCUGCAUCUGUGCUGGUUAUUGUGACGAGAGCCUUUUCUGUCCAUACUCUAACCUGCUAUCCAUCUGAGUAUAAAAUAGGGAAUGAAUGCUGUCCCAUGUGUCCCCCUGGAACUCGAGUUAAAAGUGACUGUGCAGAGUUCAGAAGUACGUCAUGUCUGCCCUGCACAGAUGGAUCAUAUACAGACAAACCCAAUGGACUUAAACAAUGUUCUCCAUGUCGUAUCUGUGAUUCAGGUGGUGGUCUGAAGGUGGAGCAGCCGUGUACAGCAGCAUCAGAUACUGUGUGUGAACCAGUAGAGGGAUUCUUCUGUAUCCACUCUACAAAGAGCAGCUGUGCAGCAGCACAGAAACACAGCAGCUGUGAACCAGGACAGUACAUCAGUACAAACGGUUACGCUACUAGGACUUCUAGACAAAGUAAAGGUGGCUAAAGCAUCUCACAGCAGCAGAGCAAUCCCAGACAGGUUCAGGGCAAGUCCAGCUGAUCAGGGGAGAGAGCCAGACCAACACAGGCAGCCCAAAGACUGAGAGGGAAAGGCUGUAGAGAGAAUCUGU